AUGCCUGCAGCGGUCUUGGGCAACGGCUACCCUGACUUGUCUGAUCAGCACUAUGGGCGAGACGGAGACCAUUUGCAAGACAGAUCCAACACGUUACGGCAGGACGAAGCCUCCUUCACAGCAACCAAGUCCAACCACCUCGCCUUGGUCUCCUCCUCGAACGAUGGCCUAGGCCUCUACAAUUACAGGGCAAUUGAUCAGGAGAAGGUCGAUGCCAUUGCACCUCACCUCCAGAUACCCGAUUCGGUGAAUAAGAGCAAGGGCAGUCUGGCCGAGUUUACGGCCGAGAUCACAUGUCUCUUUUGGUUCGAAACAGCGAGCAAUCUGCAAUACGCAGAGGAUCUAUCGAUUGAUGCGCCGGUUGACAGAGGUUUACUCCCAGACGCUGCUCCGACGAUUGGAUUCCGCAAAUGGGUCACGACUAUCAUCAGCACGACGCAAGUGGGAAGAAACGUUAUCUUGUUAGCGUUGAUGUUUAUCUACCGUCUCAAACGGUUCAAUCCGACGGUCAGUGGCAAGCGGGGAAGUGAGUUCCGACUCUUGACUAUUGCCCUUAUGUUGGGAAACAAGUUUCUUGAUGACAACACCUACACAAACAAGACUUGGGCAGAAGUAUCCGGCAUUUCCGUCAACGAAAUUCACAUUAUGGAAGUGGAAUUUUUGAGCAAUAUGAGGUAUGCCCUCUACGCCUCGGCCGAAGAAUGGACUGAGUGGAAGGCCAAAUUGGGAAGGUUUGGCGCGUUUUAUGACAAAGCCUCAAGAAUGCCCCCGACGGAUGAGAAUAUUGGCCAUGUUCCGGUCACACCAACCUUGCAGAGCUUCUCUCAUAAACUGCCUUCACCGUCAUCGACUCAUCACAACGCUGGUCCCUUCACUUCCUCACCGUCUCUAAACAGUCACUAUCCAAAGUUACCACAUCCUCUGUCAACCGUGCCGCAACUUACAAACUCCCCUCUGCGGCAACAGCAGGUGUCAGCCCCUGUACACCAAAGAAGUAAAAGAAGUCUGGAUACAUCGGCUGAUCUGCCGCCCGCAAAGAGGCUGCACUACCCCACUGAAUUCUUGGAGAAUGGUGCAACCAUUCUCAACCCGCUGUCUUAUCCAGCCCUUGGCCCUCGAGUCUCACCCGGCGACCCCAACUUGAAUAGUAUGACGCAUUCCACCUCAGCUGCGGCGUCGUUGGAUGCUCUGAGAUUAGAAGUCCCAAGGGUUUCGGCACCGUUGGCCCGUCCAUUCGGCCAACUGGCUCCUCUGUCGGUCCCGGUUAGCCGAGCCAUGUCGAGCGUCUAUCCAAAUGCCAGCGCGGUGUACUCACAGCCGGUCACGCCAGUGUCUGCAAUACCUCGGUCCCUCUUCCAAAAUCCUAUUCCAAGUCUCGGAGACACCUCCCGGUCAAUCGCCACAUACCCUUCUGCUCAGACAUCACCUUCUGCUGGUUUCAAUACCACGCAUCCCACGCCCACUGGACUUUCGCCGUCAUACUUCCUGACCCACCGGUCAUCUCCCUACCGACCAGUUCGGCAUGUCAACACGCUAUUAAUACCUCCUCCCUCGGCGGCACUUCAAGUCCCCGUACGGAAUAUUCCGUCUGAUCAAAUUCAUUAUCAGCCUUUGAGCAAAACUGCUACUGCACGCUACUCUGGCCCGGUACCGUUCAUGCAGCUUGAUCCAUGGCAGCAUAGCAAUGUUUCUACACCUGUUGGCCAGCAGCCACGCCCAUUCUGA